CUUCAUUACUGACUGGGAUUUUCAUCCUACAUAUAUGGAUCCAUCUGGGAUAUCACCCAAAUACGAGCUCACAGUUCGCAACCACAUUCGCCAGACCUUCCUUCCUUACGCUAGGAGGUACAUUACCAGAGACCAUGUCGCAUAUACCGAGUUUAAGCUUGAGCAGAUCUUCGCAGAAUCCUUAGAUUUUGUCCCGUUAGCGGACCCGCACGCACUCGUGCUACCUCCAGAUCCACUCGAUACCCUCGCUAAAUCUCUGAAGGAUCAAGACCUCUCCUUUGACGAGCGCUUGACGACAGACGGAAAUACCGUACGCAAGAUCAAAUUAUUACUCAAGACUAUUGUGGGUGAAGGCAGGGAGCUCCGCAGCGAGGCAUGCUGGCGAGAGGAGGAUCACAUGUAUACGCACAUUGCAGAGAUAUACAGACCUAUGACACCCAUCCUUACCAACCGUGCGCGAAAGCAGACCCCGAAAGCAGGGUUCAACGUCCUGCGCGCAUCUCUCCCUCGCACACAGCCUGCGCUAUUCGAGCACACUGGUGUCAAGUCUGUAGUGGUCGCACAAAUUGAGGACUUGGAUUUACCUAACUUAGAGGAGGUUUUGAAUGUUCGCCCCACGAUAGAAUCCACUACCCGCACUUGCAUCCUUUCGCUAUUUAAAUUGGCAAAUCCGCCUGCACAGUCAACCGAGACCAACGUACAUGUCACUUCUUUCCUGCGCGCCAAUUCCCCACCACUUCAGAUUCAACGUCCACUUUCUCCCCCUCUAUUUCCUCGAUCUAAAGCAAGCCCGGGUUCAUUAUGGACAGGUAUCGCGAAUGCAAAGGACAUCGCGGAUAGGCUGAAUGCUGUCCCUGCUCCUGUUCCGAAAGAGUUAGAGGACGAUGUAGACAUUGUCAGCAUGUCGAUUGUCGAUGGAUGGGCUGUCCACCCCAUAUCUUCUCCGCCUUCCGUCUCGCCUAUCUCCUCACAGGAGACAGAUAUCGACGAACUAUGGGAGGACUCACUGACACCGCCUGGCACGCCUGCUACAAGUCUUUUCGGUGCUAGAAUGGACGAAGUAGAGAUCCCGCGCGUUCGCAAACCUGGGCAUAUACUUCCGUACUCACUCAAACCAAGGAGUUCUAACAGUCUCAAGUCACUUAUCGAGCACCUGAAGCCUGUGGCUGCUGCGAAGUCAAAAGAAGGCCAUACUACAGCGCUGAUGAAUCAGAAUACCAAUAUUGCGCUGUUUCAUUCCUCCCCAAGCACGGAGGAUGGGAGGAUCCUUGAUGCAGAAGACUCUAUGCUUGGGCAGCCACCUUCUGUUUGUGCUGCUUCACCCCUGCCUACGCAUGCGGGAACAGACAGAAGAAAGAAGUCAGGUCAAAAUCAGGCCUUGGAAGAUAUUGAUGUAGAACAGGGUCUUAACAUGACUCUCAGGCAUAUAUACCGAGAGGUGCAAGAGGAGAACGUCGAGGGGUGUGUAUUGGCGGAAAGGUUGGAUGAAAAGGAUGUCGCAUUGAUGGACGUGCCACACCUUCCACCACCCACAGUGCACCUGGGACCGUCUCUGCGGCCUACAAGCAUGAGGGCUCUCAUACGUGGAGACAAUUUAAACGUUCGGCGGCACACUUCACUGGAAGCCGUAAAAGGCAUCAAGCCACUCAACCUCGAGUUAUCUUGGAGACCCUUCAAAUUCGCGCCCCCGAUUCCAACCGACGAAAGCGUCUCCCUUGUCACUGAACCUGCUCUAGAUGACCUCAUGAAACUGGGCUAUGUUGACAAAGCAAGCGAUGCAAAGAUCCACGGACUGCUUGCAGACCUUGAAACUGCUUCAUGUCAUUCGGCCAACAUAGCGGAAUCGAAGAAACCAAAAGACAAACGCGGGACAGGGAAUUUUGGUCUCUCGCCUCCCCAGCCUUCCAGGUCUUCUAUGCUAGGAGAGGGAUUUGAACUGGUGCUGACGAAAAGAGAACGAAGACUUCAUGCCGGCCUUCCUGAAUUCGAGGAUCUGCAUGAACAUGGUGCUAAAUAUGGCGAAGAUUACCACGAACGACAAGAUGUCGAGGGCGGAGAUGAAACCUCACUUGAAACGGACAAUGAUGAUCAGCCCGCGAAGCCUCCUCACCCUGUCUUUCAUGAUUCUGACAUUUUGGAUAGCAUUCCUAACGUUGUCGACCACUCCGAUGUUGCAGAUAAUGGUAUUUCUGGUGCUACUUUCGGUGAUCCAGAAACUGCGUUCGAUUAUCGUGGUGUUACAUUCUCCAACCUCUGCGACAAUGAGGCGUGUUAUCGAGAUCGAGAUGACCCGAGUCCUCUGGAAGCUGUCUACUCACUCGACGAUUUUGAUUACUCUGACAAGGACGACAAGGACGACCGCCAACUCCAGGAUCAGGAGCAAGAUAGGGAUCAAGACCACGAAGGACCACCUUCAUCUUUCCCGUCAUCGACAUGGCACCGGUACGGCCCAAGUCCAUAUCCGGCCAGGCCUCCUCUCGGCGGACUUGACCAAGAUUAUGCCAUGGCUAACACCCAAGACCUUUGUACGGAAUCGGCCUUUUUCCCGCUUUCAUUUGGCUCCCAUAGUGAGCGGGUGUCAACGUAUCCGACCGAUCCAUGCGUACUCUUAAAUGAUGAUGAGGAACGAAGAGUGUCACCGGAUACCGACAGCCCAAAGAAAACUCAAGGCAUCUCGGAAAAGGACCAACCGGCGAACAUGACGUCAUUCUUACGAUAUUUCGUCCCGGAGAUGGCUACUAAUAGUGCUUUCCCCGUAUCCAAACGUAGACGCCUGGAUGACCCCAUCACCGCCACUAUCGUCACGCGAAGGUUUCUAAAUGACUACUUGGCACUGCGCAACAAGAACGUGGUGCAUUAUCCCCUCCCGUCGGCAACUCCCACGGUCAUCUCCUCUGAACCCCAGGCUUUGGAACUCGGCAGCACCUCGCCGCCCCGUGCUGUACCUCUAGAAAUCCUCGACACCGACACCAUACGUCUCCCCGAUGUAUGGAACCCACCGACCGCGAGCCAUUACUAUCUUGCAAGCAUGGCUCUCAUCCAGAAGCGCGCGCUUGUCCGGGCCUUGCGGGCUCCCGAGUGCCGGGUGCAUCUCGUAGAGAGGUAUGUGUUAGGUGGUGUGGACAUUGUGAUGGAUCCAGACACAGCCGUGCUGGUUGCGCCGCUGCUGGCCCUUCCAUCACAGGUCGAAGAACUUGUCGAUCGCAUCUCGCAGGCAUCCUGGCGGUAUACACGUAUUCUUGUUAUUCUUGAGGCAUUCCCAAGUACAAAUGCAUUUACGGCAGAAAUCAUCACCAACAACGUCAAACUAGUGCCCUAUGCGUUUUCGCCUCCCAUGCUCAAAGCAAUUAAGAAGCUCCGCCGGCUCUUGACCAUCGCCGAGGGUUGUGGGACGAAGAACGCAGGGUGUAAGAUUCAAUGGGCGUUUGCUAAUGAUGUAGGCGAGGCGGCGUUAUUUGUGAGAAUGUUUGGGAACUUGGCUCAGGAAUGGGCUUUCAAUGAAGGUGGUAAUGCAAUUUGGGAAGAUCGGGAGUGGCUACAGGUUGAUGAACAUGAGGAUGAAGCGGAUCUUGCGAGUGUGGAGGGCAUGAACCAUUUCGCAGCCUUCGUGAUGCUGUAUCAGGGAUCGCUUCAAGAAAUCCUCAAUAUGUCUCCUGAGAGUCGUGUGGCAGAAUUUUCUUAUCUGGUAGGAAGCCAGCGGAUAGCUUCUCUAAACGCCAUUAUCGAGCGGCGCACACAGGAGAUGGUUGUAGAUGCGGAUAGUGAAUCUGGUCUAUAUCUUCAGAGGGUGGAUUUGUCGCAUGUAUGAUUUCAUUUUGCGGCAAAUAAACCACUUUGGCCAAAAUUCAUUUUACCUUGCUGUAUUGAUUUCUGAUAAGUCAAACUGAUAAGCGUAUCAUGUUGAGAACAUCCGUCCGUGUGGAUGGGGAGGCUGAUAAUCACAUGUUAUACGUAAUAAGGAUCACUGCUGGGCGGAAAUUACAACGAUCGGAUAGUAGGUCCACUCAAGCGCGGGUGGUAGGAGUCAUACGGGUGGCAGGACGGCCACUUGUCAUCACCACGUUUUCUCUGCUCAAUCUCGCGCGGACCCGAUGCAGUGCCGUAGGCCGAAACUCCGUGGGCCGCGGUGCUGACCGAAGUAAUAUAGGAUCGUUUCUGUCUUUUUUUCAAUUCAUAUUCAUUGUCCUUUGGCCGGUCAACGAACCUAUGUCGGACAUAGCCCUAUAGUAUUAUUGUGAGAC